GCGGUGUGCAUUCAUUCAAUGGAAAGUAUCGCACAUAGGCAGCCGCACUGCAUCAGAGUCCGCCCAUCCAUCCAUCCAUGCGGCAUGUAUGUAGUCAGAGAGGAUUGAGCGACCGAUAGAUACGUAUACACAUCUAGCUACACAAGGAAAGAUGCACCCAUGCAAGCCAGGCCAGGCAAGGAAGGCAGAUUGAUCCCAGCUCACCAUGUGCGAGGGUAUGGUAUGCAGGCUGGUAGGUAAGUAUGUACAUGCUAGGCAAGGCAGAUACGCACCGCCAAAAAGGUAUACCAGCCAGCACAAAAGGCAGGCCGCAUUGACUUGACGAGGGGAAACGAGGCACACAAACCACUUCUCGGCCCCCAAUUGUGUGUGUGUGUGUGUAUGGUGCUCUUAAACGAAUAAGGAUAGCGCACAUGCUAUCUCCUGGCGGCAAAUGGGGCAGACGCGCUCGCUCUGCGGCUUGGCCAUCAAGUUGUCGGAGCACUGCUGGCACACGGACAGAUGCCUCUGACACACACACACCCCACAACGACACAUAUGUCAGCCAAUGCCUCCGCGUGUGUGCGUGUGUGUGUUGCGUGCUUACACAUGGGAGGAAGGCGACGCACCUGUCCCGCUCGAAGCACUCGCAGCACAACUGCGCUGUCUCCUUUUGCUGCGUCUUGUUUAAGGGCGACUCACUCCUGACCGGCUGCUGCUCGACCUGCACGUUCUGCAAACACCUGAACCCCUCCCCCACCCCACAGACGCACAGACAACAUAUUUGGCAGUGUCCCACGUCCAUGGUGUUGGCUUACUGCUGCAUAUGCGCGUCGGCCUCUUUGCGGAGCGCCAGCAUCUCACGUUCUUUGCGCUCCAGCCCCCUCAGGCAAACGACGUACAGCUUCCUGGCGAAGACGUCGUGGCGCUCUCUGGCACGCUUGGUCAGCUGGUCCAAGUGCCGCUCGACGUCCUGGCUGAUGCCCACCAGCCGAUCCAAACGGCCCGCGUCAUGGCACUCCUUGAUCUGCUCCUCAAUCAGCUGACGCUCUUCCUCAUCGGUAGCACGACUGCAUACACCACACACACAGACAUGACUGCCAUCCAUUCGGCCGUGUGUGUCUCUAUGUUCUCUCACAUGAAGUGCAGGCCCAUGAGCUUGCGAUACUCAUUUUCGAGCUGUGACUCCCCGCUGCCCCCAGCCCCUCCCUGCUGCUGCGUGGUGUCUAAGGGCGACUCACUGCUGGCCGGCGAUGGUGACGGACCGGACGCUGUCACGCCCGGCUGCUGCUGCACUUGCACGUUCUGCGAAAACCUGAACGCCCACCCCCCAUAGACGCACAGACAAGAGACUUGGCAGUGUCCCACGUCCAUGGUGUUGGCUUACUGCUGCAUGUCCGCCUGGUCGGCUCGGUUGGCCCUCGCGAGCGCACCAACAGCGUCCUCCAAGAUGACGCGGAAGUCUCUGGCACGCCUGCUUAGCUGCUCCAAGUGAAGCACACCGUCCUUGCUGAUGCGAUGCAAACGGUCCGCGUCAUGGACGUCGUUGAUCUGCUCCUCAAUCUCGGUAGAAUGACUGCAUUCAGCACACACAAACAGAUACGCAGACACGCCGUCCUCGCGUGUCUGCUCCGCUCACCAGAAGUCCAAGCUCAAGGCGGUCUGGUACUCCCUCUCCAGCUCCCCGUUGGACAAACGGAUGAGCAGCUCAUUGAUCAUAUCCUGGCGCUCCUUGAGGAUCAGCAUGAUGUGGAGAGGUCUGCAGGGGCCAGGGACCCGGGCAAGAUGGCGGCUGAUGUUGUCGAGGGCCUCGUGUGCAUGACGGACCAUCCUCUGACUCCGCCAACUGAUGCAUGGGCCAACCCAAACAGACACAGACAGACAGACAGACAGACAAAGAGAAGGAAAUGGCACUGUUGCCGUCUUUGAGUUGAGCGCGUGCCACGGACCUUGCGAUGAGAGUCUUGAUCUCGUCAUCAGCCGUGAAGUACCCUAUGUGGCACUCUUCCAUGUAGGAGGGCCUGUCUUGCGUCCCGUUCACAUUGAGCUGAAUGCCCUUCAUCUCCAAUGUUCUCUUCACCUUGACGAUACGCCUGCACACACACAUACACACACGCACACACACACAGGGACCAUGUGCCCACCCUCUAACCGUCGUCUGUAAGUGCUCUGUCUCGUUGUCUUCCUUACUGGUAUAGAUGCUUCUUGUCGGCCUGAGACGCCGGCAUGGCGGGCAGGUCUCUAAACGUGACGACACCUACAUGCAGUGCAGUGCCACGCACACCACAUCCAACACACGUGGCAGGCAGGCAGGCAGGGAGGCUCUAGUUGUCUACCGUGAGAUGUGGUGCGCGACUUGUUUGUGACGGCACUGCUCUCAACCAGCCCAUCUUGGCGGUCCUGCACACACAUGACACCCCACCACAGACACACCAUCCAUUCGACGCUUUCCCUCCCGUCGUGUUGCGCCUGACUGACCAACUGACCUUCACGGCGUAGAUUUCGAUGUCCUCAGCAGUGAAGUCGACACACCCCACCAGACUCUCCCACUUGGUGAUGAGAGACGCGCGGAGUGCGAAAUCGACUUCCCCCCUGGUCCUGCUCGGCCAUACGAAGUGACAGACGCGACGGAGGUCACCGGCAGGGCCAUACACCACCCCAGGGUCAUCAGCAGGGAACAGCAUGUCAUCCGUCGCGGAGAGGCCAUAUCUGGCGUAGCCCAGCCAGAGGCGGCCUCGUCCGAUGGCCACACUGCCCGUCGGCCACCCCACCAUGUCCGUCACUGCCCCCAAUGGCCCCACCACCUCCACCACCCAGUCUUCCUCCGGCACCUGCACCCUCGUGAUGCCCUCAUCCUGGCUGAUGGAGAAGAAGGUCACGGGGCACUUGAUGAGCGCCGUGUGAGAGUCGGACCGGGGGGGCGGGAGAGGGAGAGGGUUGCCGAGUAAGCAAGCGAGUUUGUCUGUGUCGGUGCGCUUGACCACCAGCAGGAGGGGCGUGGCUUUGUCGAUGAGGUGGCGGUGCUUGGCCACCUGCAGAAGGGAGCUCCCCACGCCGACCUUGGCCAUCAUUGUCUCAUACGACCAGCCGUCACGACGGCCCCUAAUCGGAGAGGAACAAAACGCAAGGACACGAUGGUGCUCUGCACAUUCUCUUUGUGUGUGUGUCUGCAUUGCCUGCCUCACUUGUAGAGGAGCUGUGCGCAGGCCUUCCCCUCCCAUGCCGCGUUGACCAGGUGGUUCAGCUGCGACUCGGGCAAUACGGGGCAGCUACCUCGUCACUCCAAACCUGCCCACGAUUAGACACACAUCAAUUAACUCGCAACCUGCUCUAGCCGACCCACCCACCCACUCACCUCAUAGAAUUCGAUGCCCCGAGCCCUUCCGACCAUUGCACCGGUGCCUUUGAAUGAGUCUGCGCCGUUCCGCAGGUGCACCGUCCGCUGCUGCGUCUCCUCCGCAGAUGGGUCGAGACACACGCGGCACUUGCGCAUAUCGUCGUCCUUGCCGACCCCGAGCCACACCCGCCCGCCGGCCAAGGCCACACGGCCCUUCACUGUCUCAUCGUUGGUGGCCUUGACGGCGCCAGUGACACCGCCGUGGACUCCCGCGGCGACGACGAAGUGGUCGUGCUGUCUGUCGUCCUCAGGCGGCAGUGUGGUGGUGAUGAUGGGCUUAUUGCCUUCCUUCAUGGUCAUCCUGUGAAGGGUGACCUUGCGGCCGGUCAGCUGGGGGCAUGUGCUGUCCGUGCGGAGGGGGAGGGGGCCGUCAAUGUGGCAGAUGAGCCGCUCCGCGUUGUUCGUCUCGAGGACCAUCAGGCGGCCUCGUGACGAACCACCGCCACCCAGGUGGUCCAGGAGGUCAGCAUACGGCACAGCAUGCUCCUCACCAACACAGCUCCUACACACGCACACACACACACACACACACACACGUGUUAUGCUUCUGAGCGUGCCCUUCCCUUGUUGUUCGUUUCCGUACGUGUAGAGGUGGCGGAUGUUGUAUUUCUUGCCCAGGAUGCAGCGGUAGGCUUGCUCGAAGAUGCCAUACAUCUCACACGCAUCAGCCAGCCCCCUCGGGUCGUCAGAGGAAGGUGGAUAUGCCGGGCCGGCGCCCUCGAUCCCGCCGUCACCCGAGAUCCGAAUGCGCCGCGCCCAGUCGACCACCCUGCACAUAGGAGAGAGAGAGAGAGAGAGAGACGGUCCCAGACAGCACCCGGUAUGUCGUGUACUGAGUGGUGCUGUGGCUUGCGUGGCAUGCACAGCACGCCACAGCUGACGUGCGUACUUCUGGAAGUGUAGGACCUGCUUCUGGAACUGCUCCACAGUCUCACCCGUUCCUCGCGAAACAGUCGUGCUAAACCUGUCACUGGCACAACACAACACAACACACACACACAGAGCCAACGAUGGGUGAAUUGCGACGCUUCCUUCCCUCCCUCUAACUGACUGACCGACCGGUCAAAUCGGCCUCUGAGUCCCUCGAAAUGUUCCAGCGUGGCAUCGGUUGUGGACACCGCGCAUGUGCCGGUGCUGCCGUCGGUGAAGGUCAUGGUCUUGACCUCCCGCCCGCCCGUCCCGCCACAUUCGGUCUUGAUAAAGGGCCCCAUCACGGUCUUGAAGUCACGGAGGGCGUCACUGCUCUCGUCACCGGGCUGUGCGUUGACGGUCAGGUCGGGCGGUGCUGGGCUGCCCUGCGCCUGGGUGUCGGUGCUCAUCGAUGUGCGGGCGAGGAAACGGUGGCGAUACUCAGAGAAGUCCCACGAGUCCAAGGCACCCGUGUCCACACCACGCAACAGCCCAGCCAACCUGUCAGCCAGAAGCACCCAGCAACAGACAGAAAGGUAGCUGUGAGUGACUAACUGCCCACGUGUGUGUGUGUGUGUGUGAUGCACUCAACUCACCGGAUGAAGUACUCUGGAUCAGCGUCUUUGAACGGGAUGCCUCUGUCAUCGGUCAGCAGCCAGUCCUCAAAGCGAAGCAGCACUGUGAUGGGCGUACCCUGCCACUCAGAACGAAGCAGUUCAGCUACCGGGAAGUCGAUGACACGGCCGCCGACGUUGAUCUUCAUCAUUUGACUGUUGCUGCCGCUGCUGGUGGUGGUGGCAGGGCUGCUCGUCAUCGCGCUCUUCAUCGUUGUUU